AUGCGCAGGCUUACUUCACUGCUUCGGAAGGGGACGGAUGGCGGCGUGGUGGUGGCGGGCGGAGGUGUAACGACGGAUGUGGAUGGGGCCGCGGCUGCGGACGAGGCCGAGUUGACGGCAGCGCGGCAGCAGACAGGGGCGAGGCGGUGGCUGCGAACGGUGGCGUGGUGGCGGGCGGACGGGGGCGCGCCUUCGGCCGCAGAUGGCGGCGUGGUGGUGGGCGGACGGGGUAUGGCGGCGGAUGUGGAUGGGCCCGCGUCGGCGGCUGCAGACGGCAGGCCGGUGGCGCGGCUCGCGGACAAGAACUACGGAAACGGGACGGGGAAGGAGGGGCCGGGGUGGGACCCACGGAUAGGAGAGGAUCGUUUUCCUGUGUCUCCUGUCUUGCCGAGAGAAGGAAAUUGGAUUAAUUGA